AUGAUCUUUCACUUCCCUCGGGAACGCAACCCGGCCAUCGAGAGCUUGAAGUCCGCUGGCCUGAUCGCCACCAAUUUGCAGUUCGUGGACAUGGGCGCUUACCUUGGCAUACGCAUAGGGCUGAAUGAUUUUGCUGACUCCUGGAGGCUGCCGGCUCUCGAGCCGUGCGUUUUCGCGCCCGGCUUCGGGCCCCGGGAGCUUCGCGUACCGGUGCAGAAGACCGCCGGAGGCCGUCGGGUCGCAGAGCACCGCCAGCAGAGACCGCCGAAGGCCGCGGCCGAAGCAGCGGUGAGCCUCGGAGUGCGAGCCUCGAGGCUCGAGGCUCCCCUCGAGGCGCCCGGCGACCCCGCUGCAGCGGGCACCAGCCGCCUCGACCUGGUCAUCCACGUCACCGCCGAGGCCCGGGCCGCCGGGCGGCCCACCGCGGCGGCGGGCCUCUCGCUGCCCGCCUGGGGCGUCGUGGAGCGUCUGGCUGUCGCGGCCUCGCUGCCCCAGAGGCGCCCAGCGCUUGCGCACCUGCCGGGACAUUUGAGCCCAAUCAGUCUGGCUGCAGAGUCGCACAAGUCGCUGCAGGAGCUGAGCUUCCAGGGGCAGCGAAUACGCACCCUCGGCGCGAGAUGGGCGGAGCUGGCGGGGCCGGGGGCUCUGGGCCGGCCGCCGGCCCUCCGCGUGGGGCCCGCGGGGUCCGUCCCGAUCUACAACGUGGACCUCCACGGAGACGCUUCUUUGGGCACGAGCGAGCUGCAGCGGUACUACGCCGUGUGCAGGGAGGCCACCGGGCUGCACGUGACGACGUCCUGCUUCACGUCUUGGAGGCAGCAGAGGAAGACGAACGCCCACGGCAAGGUCAUCCCCACUGUCCGCCUGUCGCCUGCGUCCCCGCUCACCUCCCGGGUCUUCUUCUUCGACGACAACCUCGAGUUGGACGGCUUCGAGGGAAGUUCGGGCAUUUGCAGCCUCCGGGACGUGCAGAGCGGCGAGUUCGUGGACUUCGCCGUCGGCCGGAACGGGUUCCAGCUCGGGCGCGCGGGCCGGCACACGGCGAUCCUGCACAUCUCGGGCGGCGAGUUCAACAGCGUCCUCGUGAAAGCGAACAUACUGGACGCGAUCGAGGACCCCGACUACUUCACCCGCAUCGUGGAGGAGUACUCCGCGCCCGGCGAGAAGGCGGUGGUGUUCAUGGACGUCAACUCGACUAUCGUCUGCAACGACUCCGUGCAGAGCAAGGACCUCUCGGCAUCCCUCCUCAGCACCAUGUUCGAGCUCAUGGAGCUCAGCCCGAGGACGGGAUUCGAGUUCGCGUGGGGAGCCUGCCCUCCCGUCCACGUCCAGAAGAAUCAGUCGCUCAAGAAGCUUGUGAAGGACCUCACUGCCAGCAACAUCGACGCCUACCGCUCCUUCUUCUCCGAGGCCACGUGCUGCGGCUUCAUGUCGACCCUGCUUCCCUACGCGGACAUCAGGUGGUCGGACGCUCUGGAGACGCUGGGCGUGGAUGAUUUCAUCGGCAUGUUCAACGAGUACAUGGGCACGAUAUCUGGUGGCAUCGACAGCAACGGCAUCACGCGGAGUUGGUUCCGAUGCUUCGAUGCCCUCAGCAGAGAGCACGCGCUUAUGCUGAACUCGUUCGGGGUGGACACCCGCAAGGUCAUUCUGGCCACGAGUUCGGACGAGAGCGACGUCACGCAGAUCGUGGUGAACUACGAGCUAUGGGACAAGCGUGAUGUGGAGAAGUUCGAGAAGCAGUUCUGCGCGCCAUGA